AUGGCUGUUCAAGGAGUGCUUCAAGCACUCACUGAGCCCUUGAAUCAAAUCAGCAUUGCUACUGUCUUGUUGGUGCUUCUCCUCGUCACCUACUUUACUCUGUCGUUCACCGAACUCGAGACUGUUGGCAAGCUAUUCAAUGCCACCGUCACUUCUGCAAAAUUCGCAUACUCGUGCUUUUUGAAGCCUCACACCGGCGACAAGACUGGUAGCCAGCAGGAUGCUCUUGAAAGUUUCUACAAGACUCAAGCUGGCAUCUACGAUGUUACACGCUCAAGACUGCUCCGUGGAAGAGAAGAUAUGCUGGCAAUGGCUGCUGCUCAACUCCGUUUCCAGCUUGAGCAGGGUCAAUAUACUCGCAAGCCAAUCUGGGUGGAUGUUGGCGGUGGCACUGGCUGGAACAUUGAACAAAUGGAGAGAUAUCUGCCUGUCUCUAGCUUCUUCCACGCUGUCUACCUCGUCGAUUUCUCGCCCUCCCUAUGCCAAGUUGCUAGAGCCAGAUUCGCCCGCCUUGGUUGGAAGAACGUCAAGGUCGUCUGCCAGGACGCUCGCACCUUCAAGCUCAGCGACUACGAAGAAGGUCUCAGCGACGAGAGCGCAGUCUUCAGCAUUGGCAAGAGUGCACUUGACGAGAGUAGUGCAGUCGACAAUGUCGGCGCAGACCUUUUGACUAUGAGUUACAGUCUUUCCAUGAUCCCCGAGUUCCACCCUGUCAUUGACUCACUCGCCAACUUGCUUGCACCAAACGGUAUUAUGGGUGUUGUCGACUUCUACGUCCAGAACCAGAUUCAAUUCCAGUCUCGCAACUAUGUUGGUGGUGUCAUCAACCGUCACUGUAUGUGGAUUUCUCGUGUCUUCUGGGCUGCAUGGUUCGAAAUGGACAGAGUAUUCUUGGACUCUUCUCGUCGUGACUACCUCGAGUACAAGUUCGGAACCAUUCUCAGCGCCAACGCUCGUAACCACUUCUUCGGCUUCAGAAUCCCAUAUUACGUCUGGAUUGGCUGUGCUAAGCAGACCAAGUCGUCCAUGAACAAGCUUGCCGCUCUCGAUGCCGCCGUUACAGAAUCACCCUUCAUCAGCGCCCUUGAUCUCCAACGUAAGACAGUCGGUGGUGUUCGUCGGGCCUCUUCUUCCGAGCGUCGUUCAAAGGCAUACGAGUCGGCCAUUGUCAACCUGUCAGCAAGUCUACCUCUGCCCGCAGCAUGGUACCAGCAACACCACUGGCGCAUCUACUACGACGAGCAAUUGCAAAAGCACAGACAAUUUGGUGAUGAAUACAUCUACGCCUUUACAUGGGAGGACGCCCGAGUGGACGCUCGCCUGCUCAAGAUCACAUCUGAGGAUGUCAUCCUUGCCAUCACAAGUGCAGGAGACAACAUCCUCGCCUAUGCGCUCGAACAGCCCAAACGCAUCCACGCCGUCGAUCUCAACCCUAACCAGAACCACCUUCUCGAACUCAAGGUCGCAGCUUUCACUGCUCUUGUUUACACGGAUGUGUGGAAGUUGUUUGGUCAAGGCAAGCACGAUGACUUCCGCUCUCUCCUCAUCAAUAAAUUGAGCCCUCAUCUUUCGUCCCAAGCCUUUGACUACUGGCUUCACAAGGGUGAUGCCACUUUUGGCACCAAGAGCCGUGGUCUAUACUACACUGGCGGCUCUCGCCAUGCCCUGCAACUAGUCCAAUGGCUAGGCCGCCUCCUCGGUAUCCGUGGCGACCUCGAAAAUAUGUGCAAAGCCGCUACCCUCAAUGAACAACGCGAGAUCUGGAGCAAGCGCGUGCGCAGAGUACUACUCUCCCAAUUCCUCAACUACACCGUCAUCGGUACUGAAAAGUUCCUGUGGAAGGCUUUGGGUGUGCCUGCCAACCAACGCGCAAUGAUCGACAACGAUUACCUCCGCCAGACCGAGCGUGCAGAUGCAAAGAAAGUUACUGGCGUCAAGUCUGGCCAAGCUAUUUGGGAGUAUGCGGUCAACACUCUAGAUCCUGUUGUCAACAACACAUUGGUGUCUGAGGAAAACCCUUACUACCUGAUCUGUCUACAAGGUCAAUACACCCAACGCUGCCACCCUGAUUACUUGGCUCCCAGAGCCCACGUCAAACUCUCCAAACCCAAUGCCUUUGACGGUUUGCGCAUCCACACCGACGAGUUAUGUGAGGUCAUGGCACGUAUGGCGCCCGAAACCCUUACCAUCGCAGUUCUCAUGGACUCGAUGGAUUGGUUUGACCCCGAAGGCCCCGAAGCAGACCACCAAGUCAAGAUUGUCAACCGCGCGCUCAAAUUUGGCGGCAGAGUAUUGUUGCGCUCAGCUGGUUUGAGACCUUGGUACAUUGAUACUUUCGAGAGCCGUGGCUUCACUGCUAAGAGGGUUGGUGCUCGUAUUCCUCCGGGUUCUUGCAUUGAUAGAGUCAACAUGUACGCUUCGACCUGGAUCUUGACCAAGGUUGAUGCUGUUGUCAGUGAGGAGAAAUGA